AUGGAGGCGGCGCACAGCGUCCCGGUGCUCGACGUGCUGCGCCGCUUCGGCGUGGCCGAGAGCUGCGGGCUCAGCCCGGAGCAGGUCCGCCGCAGCCGGGAGAAGUACGGCCCCAACGAGCUCCCCGCGGAAGAAGGAAAGUCUCUGUGGGAGCUGGUGCUGGAGCAAUUUGAAGAUCUCCUUGUCCGCAUCCUCCUGAUGGCAGCUUUUCUCUCGUUUGUCCUGGCAUGGUUCGAGGAAGGCGAGGAGACCACGACAGCAUUCGUGGAGCCCGUUGUCAUUAUCAUGAUCCUGAUAGCCAAUGCCGUGGUGGGCGUCUGGCAGGAGAGAAACGCCGAGAGCGCUAUCGAAGCCUUGAAAGAAUAUGAGCCGGAGAUGGGGAAAGUGAUCCGUGCCGACAGGAGCGGCGUGCAGAGGAUCCGUGCCCGCGAUAUCGUUCCUGGGGACAUCGUGGAGGUGGCAGUUGGUGACAAGGUGCCAGCUGACGUCCGGAUCAUUGAAAUCAAAUCCACGACGCUGCGGGUCGACCAGUCCAUCCUCACAGGGGAGUCCGUGUCGGUGAUUAAACAUACUGACCCCAUCCCUGACCCCCGGGCCGUCAAUCAGGACAAGAAGAACAUGCUCUUCUCCGGUACCAACAUCGCAGCUGGGAAGGCAGUUGGAGUUGUCAUUGCAACAGGGGUAUACACAGAGAUUGGGAAGAUCAGAAACCAGAUGGUUGAAACUGAGCCUGAGAAGACCCCUUUGCAGCAGAAGCUGGAUGAGUUCAGCCAGCAGCUGUCCAAGGUCAUUUUCCUGGUCUGCAUAGCUGUGUGGGUCAUCAAUGUCAGCCACUUCAGCGACCCUGUGCAUGGUGGCUCUUGGUUUCGGGGGGCCAUCUACUAUUUCAAGAUUUCGGUAGCUCUGGCGGUGGCUGCCAUUCCAGAGGGCCUCCCCGCUGUCAUCACGACGUGCCUGGCGCUGGGCACACGCCGCAUGGCCAAGAAAAACGCAAUCGUCAGGAGCCUGCCAUCGGUGGAAACCCUGGGCUGCACGUCCGUCAUCUGCUCCGAUAAGACUGGCACCCUCACCACCAACCAGAUGUCCGUCUGCCGGAUGUUCAUUAUGGAGAAGGUGGAGGGCACCCAGUGCAGCCUGCACGAGUUCAGCGUCACGGGCUCCACCUACGCCCCCGAGGGACAGAUCCUCAAGGACGAGAAGCCCGUUCAAUGCGGGCAGUAUGAUGGGCUGGUGGAGCUGGCCACCAUCUGCGCGCUCUGCAACGACUCCUCGCUGGAUUACAACGAGUCGAAGAAAGUCUAUGAGAAGGUGGGAGAAGCCACAGAAACAGCCCUGACCUGCCUGGUGGAGAAGAUGAAUGUCUUCAACACCGACACCAGCAAACUCUCCAAGGUGGAGCGAGCCAACGCCUGCAAUGCAGUGAUCAAGCAGCUGAUGAAGAAGGAGUGCACCCUGGAGUUCUCCCGCGACCGCAAGUCCAUGUCCGUGUAUUGUACCCCUGUCGGCACCGGCCACAACUCCAGUGGCAGCAAGAUGUUUGUCAAGGGUGCCCCAGAAAGUGUGAUCGAGCGCUGCACCUACGUCCGUGUGGGCACUGCCAGGGUUCCUCUGACCUCCUCCAUCCAGGAGAAGAUCCUGUCCCGGGUCCGAGACUGGGGCAUGGGUAUCGACACUCUGCGCUGCCUGGCCCUGGCCACCCACGAUGCCCCUGUCCGGAAGGAGUCCAUGCAGCUGGACGACUCCACCAAGUUCAUCUGCUACGAGGACAACCUGACCUUUGUGGGCUGCGUGGGGAUGCUGGAUCCCCCCCGCAAGGAGGUGACCUCAUCCAUUGAAAUGUGCCGGAAAGCCGGCAUCCGUGUCAUCAUGAUCACUGGGGACAACAAGGGUACUGCUGUGGCCAUCUGCCGGAGGAUCGGGAUCUUCUCAGAGAGCGAGGAUGUGGCGGACAAGGCCUACACGGGCCGGGAGUUCGACGACCUCUCACCAGAGGCCCAGCGACUGGCCUGCCGCUCCGCCCGCUGCUUUGCCCGCGUAGAGCCUGCUCACAAGUCCAAGAUCGUCGAGUACCUCCAGUCCUUCAAUGAGAUCACGGCGAUGACCGGCGAUGGUGUGAAUGACGCGCCCGCCCUGAAGAAGGCAGAGAUCGGCAUUGCAAUGGGGUCCGGCACAGCUGUAGCAAAGUCAGCUGCUGAGAUGGUGCUCUCUGAUGACAACUUCUCCACCAUCGUAUCUGCUGUUGAGGAGGGCAGAGCCAUUUACAACAACAUGAAGCAGUUCAUCCGCUAUCUCAUCUCCUCAAACGUUGGAGAGGUUGUUUGCAUCUUCCUGACAGCUAUCCUGGGCUUGCCGGAGGCGCUCAUCCCAGUGCAGCUGCUGUGGGUGAACCUGGUGACGGAUGGGCUGCCGGCCACUGCACUGGGCUUCAACCCUCCUGACCUCGACAUCAUGGACAAGCUGCCCCGCAACCCCAAGGAGCCCCUCAUCAGUGGCUGGCUCUUCUUCCGCUAUCUGGCCAUUGGAGUGUACGUUGGCCUGGCAACGGUGGGGGCAGCAACCUGGUGGUUCUUGUAUGAUGCCGAAGGGCCACAAGUCUCCUUUUAUCAGCUGAGGAACUUUAUGAGGUGCACAGAGGACAAUCCAAUCUUCGAAGGAAUCAGCUGUGAAAUCUUUGAGUCUCGAUAUCCAACCACUAUGGCUCUGUCUGUGCUGGUGACAAUUGAAAUGUGCAAUGCCCUGAACAGUGUGUCUGAGAACCAGUCGCUGCUACGGAUGCCCCCGUGGCUCAACAUCUGGCUGCUGGGGGCAAUUGUCAUGUCCAUGGCGCUGCACUUCCUCAUUCUCUACGUAAAGCCUAUGCCCCUCAUCUUCCAAGUAACCCCCCUGAGCUGGCCACAGUGGGUGGUUGUACUGAAAAUUUCCCUGCCUGUUAUCCUGCUCGAUGAAGGACUCAAGUAUCUUUCCCGCAACCACCUAGACGGAAUUCUGAGGACAGUAAGAAACACGUGGAGCGGGGAGCACCAGUUGAAAACCUGCAGGACUCCAGAGCAAACAGGGAGAAGAGAACAAGAAAUGAAUGACACAAAGGAAACUCUCCUAAAUAAAGGAACCCUAACUUGUAACUUGGACUGAAGUCUUGCAUGUUUGACCAUCACUAGAAGCCAGCAGGACAUGCAUGUGUCCGAUUAUCAGACAAAUGCGGGUGAAUUGUCAAAAAGAAAAAUACCGAUUUUGUUUUGUUUCGUAGCUUUCUUUUUCCUGUACAUAACAGUGCAAUUACUGGACAGCUAAAGUAUGGUUUGGGGAUGGACCUAUAUGUAACUGAGUCAUUGUAACCCAGUUCCUUGGGAAUUUUUUCUUGCAAAAUUUUAGACCCUUUUUUUCAAAUUUUCACCCUAACAAGUGAGCUCAGUGAAGGCUUCCUUCAUGGGAGAUCAACGGAGGAGAGUCUGGUUUUAAGACAAGACUUGAAUGUAUGUGGAAAGUGGAUGGGAGGAUGCUCUCCUGAGCUGGGCGAGGUAACACCAGGACAGCUCUCUGUGCUGGGAGGGGCUAGGAUCUGUGCGAGGGCAGGGGAGGAAAUAAGGACACGUGGCAGCAGCAGAUUAUGGGCACUGACCCUUGGUGGUGUCCACAAGAGCAUCUCAUGCAGGGGCUAGGCUCAGUGCUAGGGUAGCUGUGUUGCCUAGGUGCUUCGGCAGCAGGUCUGAAGGUAGUUUCAAGGCUAUAUCCUGGAUAACUACCAAAGUUGUAGAUCUUGUGGACGUGUAUUUAUAUGUAGAGAUUGCGUGUGCGUGCAUGCGUGUGUGGGAUGGAUGCUGAAGAUCUCCCUAUUUAUCACAUUGUUCUGUGGUUUUUCUCCUUGUUGUGGAAAGCCCUGCACCUUCUCAGGCUCAUCAGAUAUCAAAGUGUGACUUAGUCUUGUCUUUUCUCUUCCACAGACCAUCUUGUUAGAUCUCCUGCACUAUUUAAGCUGUAGCCAUCUUCCUUGUAGAGACAACCAUUUAAAGAAAACCUGGGAACGACCAGCUUUGGAUCCUCACGUCUACUGCUCGUUCCUGGUCACACUCCCUUUAUUAGGUUAUUUUUUUCAAUAUUUCCCCAACAGGAGUAGUGUACAGAGCUUUAGAAGCAGCUGUCCAUUAGCUUGUGUUCUCUGUCCAGGAGGACAACGCUAUCUUGCACAAGACAGCCUUGACAGCAGUGAUUUACCUUCAAGAUAGGAACGAAUGUAUGUUUGUACAUAAUAUAGUCAUUCUCCGGAACUAGUGUUUUUGAUGGAAUCCCUUUUUAUAAGGCAUCAGCUGUAUUUUAACCUCUUGGAUGUUUCUGCAGCAGGAAUUAUGCAGUGUACAAGUGGAUGUGUAUGGAUCAGGAAUGGAUUUUGGGAUCCAGUAUAUUGACCUUUCUCCAUUGAGUGACAUCAGCUGAGCAUAUGUUUCUAGGUGAUUUCUUUCCCAGCUCUCCAAAUGCUCCCUCUUUUUUUCCUCUUUUCUCCAUGAUCCCAUCCUGAUAAUACUUAGCUGGACACCAUGCCUUUCUUUUAAAUUCCAGCCUGGAGUAUCCAAUGGCACUAAGCCAGGUGGUUUGGAUAGCAUUUCGCUCUUUUCCUGCCUGGGUUUUUAUUUUACUUCUGCCUCUUAAAAGCUUCCAGUGCUUCUCUGUUUCUCUUUUGUAUGGGCUAACAAGCUAAUCUUCUUCUGUAUAGUAUGUGCCAAAAAUCAUCCUUCCUUUCUUUUCUCCGUCACCAGCAUUGAAAAAGAUGAGUAGAGCCCCCAGACCAGUGGGAAUGUACAGAACUGUUAUACUACUGAGCUGAUUUAAUGUACAGAAAACCUUGCAUGAAAUGUUGUAACUGUAUUUAAUAUAUAAUGUAUUCAAGGAAUUUUAAUAUGGAGCUCUUUAAAAAAAAUCUUUAUAGAUAUUCUGUGGUUACAGGAAGGUCGUUGCUGAUUUUUUUUAAAUAUUAUUAUACUUUGUCUUGAAGAAGUUUUAUUUUUCAAACAGUUUAUGUCUGAUUGAUUUAAUUGGUGAUCUGAUGGGACAGCCAAUUCCUCUUUAAAAGCUAUUUUCACUGUAGAUGAAGCUCGCCCUGGAGCAGAAGACCAGGGCAUGACCCAGGUACUACUUAAGCCUUCAAAAUAAGGCUUCAGUGAGACUAAUGCCAUAUAUGUGUGAUUGCUCUUCCCCCAAAAGGUAGAUUUCACCUUGUUUUAGUAUAAAUCAUCUCCAGCUCUCUGUGCAAGAAAAUAACCAGUAGGAGUUUAAUCCAGGGCUGAAUUCAGCCUCUUGUGUAGUCAGAACCAGCCCAGUAACUUCAGAAGAAAUCACUUCUGUGUUUCCUGGAGGCUGAAAAUCCAGGAGAAAGGUGGAGGCUAGACCUGAUUCAGAGCAUUGCAGCCCUGUUCAAUGUUGCUCUGUGGGAUGGGGUCCAGCUGGGCACUUUGGCUGCCUUCUGGCCUCUCCCUGGGAUGCCACUGCCUUGGUCAGUCCCACCAGCAGCGACUCCUUUGGUCCGUCUAUGCCAAGUGGCCCCACCAGAAUGGCAUUACUUUUCCUAAGCUGAAGGUCUGGUGUGUGAUUAUUAAUUUUACCCAAGUACGUAUGUGUGUGCAAGAGUUUCUUGUGUAAAGGUCACAGUAAUGAGCAGUGAAUAAUGAUUAUGGCUCUGAAACGCAUGGAGAUUUUUUAAAAAGCUCUAUUUCAGGCACAUGCACAGAGAGAUAGAAUCAGGAAAUUUUAAGUUGCUAUUAAAUUCCUACUGGUAAUUGUGUUUAGUGUUAUUUGACACCAGAGAGAUGGAAGUGCUUGUACCAAACAUCCUUCUGAACCCUCUAACAGAAAGGCUAUUUUAAGAGAGAUGAAGUUUCUGUUAUUGUAUUGUCAGCAGAGAUGCCACACCGAUGAAGGCCCUGGCAACGUUGCUCUGUUCCUGCAGUCAUUUGGUUACAACUGUGAGUGACCAAGGCAUUGAGUGCGAGAGAUCAGAGCCAUGUCUCAGCCAAAGGCUUGUUCUUUCCAGCAGCAGCAAGUUUGCAUUUGUCUUUUUAUUGCAAGUCUCUAGGUCUCUAAAAAACUGAUAGCGAGUCCAUGAAACCUGCACUAAAGAUACUUGGAACAGGCAUCCCCUUUGUUAAGAGGGACCAAUUUUUAUACAUCGGCAUUUCCUAAUGGUAGGGACACAUCUCUCUCUUUUUCCCCCUCUGUUCUUUCGUUGCUUGUCCCUCCUUGUCCCAUUGGUUGGGAAAGACAGGUUUCACUCUGGUUUUUGAUUACAGAGGCUUAUAGUUCAAAUAUUUUAAUGAAGUAGAAAAAUAUCCAUAGACAUAAUUAUUUUUCUUUUAUGCUUUGGUGAAGCGUCAGGAUAAAUCAUAGAGUAGUUAUUUAUUAUGUGUAUGUCAACAGCAGCAUGCUGGGCGCUUUUACAUGCUAGAGUAUGUUUUUCUGCAAACUUGGGGAUUAAAGACCGGGGACCAUUGGUUUUGGAUUGGGUCUUGUGUCUGGCUGAAGCGUUUGGUUGCGUGCAAUAGACUGGAGAUGGACACUGGUGUGGCUGUUUCACCCAAGAGCUUGUUGCAAAAGGCAGCCUAGGGGAAAAGCUGCUAGGAUCUUUGCCUUUCUGAUAACAGAGCUUAAAAAUCACUUUAUUUUUAUUUUUAUUUUUGUUGCCUGGCAUAGUCAGAGUUCUUCAGUAAAAUUCGGUGUCAUUCCAGCAACACUUUUACCAUACAUGGGCUGUUCUGACAGAUCUUCCUAGGCAAAGGGAAGCAACCAUGCAUAACGCAUCACAGAGGAAGUGCCAGGAUGGCAGUGCGGGGUUCUCUGUGAGCACUUUAAAUUCCUUUCUCAGGGGCCAGUCAACAUGUUGGGUUGCACCAGUAAAUUAAAGAUGGGAGGCAAGGGUCCCUCAUCCCUUGAGCAAGCACCGGCUGUGUGAGUGUUGGGCAACAGCUGUGAAAACUCUUGUGUGCUGUUUCAGGAUGUCGUGUCAUUGUGGCCAGUUGUUGGAUGAACUCUUCCGUCUGCGGCACAUAAUCCUUUCGGGAGGUACGUUAGAAAUGUAAAAAGGCAGUUGUUACUUGAAGCAACUGAGGAAGGAGAAGCAAAAAUGAUAUGCAUCUUAGGUUUUAUUUCUAUCAGGUAAUUUCCUUGCUGGUCCAAAUAUGGUUCAGGGUCUUGAUACUGAAUCCAUGAGUUUUUUCAUUUGUGUCUUUGAGACUUUGGCAUUACUGUGAUGUCUUACAUGUGUUUCCAGCAUUCUGCUCAGCCAAGACUGGAUGGUACCAUUAGGUUUUAGAGAAGUCAGAAGUUGGAAGCAGAGACUUUGUUGGAGGGCUUGGGGAACUUUGUUCUUGUAACAGAAAUGAAUCUAGAAGACCAGUGAGAAAUGAAGGAUGGGGAUUUAAACUAGAGUCUCUGCCAGCUGUGUGCAUGCUGCAUGGCAAAAAUAGCGGGAGGAGCAACAGGACCCCUCAGCAGCAGAUUUUGGUCCCUCUUUUGUACAUCAGAUCAAUGGUGCUGCUUACAAGUCAAGGUCUCAUUCUGCAAGCACUUCUCAAAUAAAUGUGCCUGGGGUUCAGCCUACAGGCUGUUCCCAUGGGUGUGAGUUGUUCCGUGAGUUUCAGUAACCUGGGAAUCACAUUGCUUUGUGGUUUGCCUGAAACCCUAACACAUAGGAGUUCCCCAAAUCGGCUCCUAACUUUUGUCAUGAUUUUCUUUUUUCUUAUAUUCGUCUGUGUCUGGAGUGGUCACCACCUCAAAUAAAAGAAGCUAGAGAUCCCAGCUGAAAAAACUGAAGGGAUGCCUUUUCCCCUCCGCCUCCUCGCUCUGUUAGGGGGCUCUGCCCCAUUAGUGGGGGGCUCCCACACGCCCCAGUUGCCCAACUGGUGGCACUGGGUGCUGUCUGUGGUCCUGCUGGGAAGGCCACCUGGGCACCCAUGGGCCCCAACUCCCCACCUGGGCCAUUCCUUUCGUUGCCUCUCCUCUCAACAGCAUGUCCCUGCUCACUCCCACGUGGGCUUUUCCCCCCCCUCCUGUGGCCCGUCCCUGGCUGCCCAUGGCCCAGCAGGAGGAGCGAGGCAGGCGGGCAGAGCCUUGCAGAUCGGUAGAGCUGGUUUUAUGGGACCACAGGAAAAGAGCUGCGCUCCAUGGGAGCUCCAGCAGCGGCAUCUUUAAGGCACGGUUUGGGUUUAGGGUUUGCAGGACUGGAGUGAGUAAGGAGGUCUACAGAGCAGAUUGAGCUCCUUGGACCAUUCCUUUUGGUGCCAUUCAGCUUUCAGUAGGGACAGGGCGUUAAAUGAGCCUGGAUGUCCCUAUGUGAACCUGGAGGGAUGGAGACAUCUGUAGAGUAGGCUCAUGUCCAAGCUGUGUAGAGGCUGCUGGGCUUGAUCUGAGCCCUAAUGAGGAGGAAGAGGGAAACCAUUGAGCUGUUAGCAGGUGCUAUUAGUGUCACGGCUUGAAUUGGGGAAGGUGCUGAUUUUUCUUCUUCUUCUUCUUCUUUUUUUUUUAAUGAUGCCUGAACAGCCAAAUCUAGAAACCUGCGAGUUUGUGCUUCGUAGUGAAAGAUAAAUCAUUGUAUCUUGGGGGGAGGGUAUUAUCUGAGGGGUAGAAUCGAAAGAAACAAGGUUUCCUAUUUUAUUACAUGAGAGAUAUUUUUCCACUCAAUUACUGCUUCCGAAAUGGUGUCUUUUGUCUGAUUGUAAAUAGCCAGGUGUGUUGUGAAGACGUAAGACGGCUCAUUGUGGUCACGUAACUAUGAUCCACUCUGUUCACACAAUAUUGGGCUGAUUUGUUUUAUACUUAUGGAAUUACAGAAAUAAAAGCAAUUUUACUGGA